AUGUUCUAUUCCGAAACCCUCCUGUCCAAGACAGGGCCGCUGGCCCGCGUCUGGCUGUCCGCCAACAUCGAGCGCAAACUGUCCAAGUCGCACAUUCUGCAGUCUGAUAUUGAGAGCAGUGUCAGUGCCAUUGUCGACCAGGGCCAAGCGCCCAUGGCUUUGCGACUGAGUGGCCAGCUGCUGCUCGGUGUCGUGCGCAUCUACAGCCGUAAGGCGCGUUACCUGCUGGACGACUGCAACGAAGCAUUGAUGAAGAUCAAAAUGGCCUUCCGCCUUACAAAUAACAACGACUUGACGACCACAGUCGUCGCGCCAGGUGGCAUCACCUUGCCCGACGUACUGACUGAAUCCGACCUUUUCACCAAUCUUGAUACGUCUCUGCUGUUCCCUCAGAACCUGAGCUUGGAGUUAGAAGGCAAACGACCGGGCGCUAUGGAUUUUGGUAGCCAGAUGUUGCCUGAUAGCAGUUUCCGCCGCUCCAUGUCCCAGGAGCCUGCCCGCCUUGAAGACCCCUCCCUGGUCCAUCUGAACCUCGGCGAGGAUGAACUUCCCCUCGGAAUGGAAAACAGUGUGGAAAUGGGUCGUGACGCACCACCGGCUCGCCCAAUGGAUGAGGAUUUGUUUAGUGAUUCCGGUAAACUCCACGACAAUGGCGAUCUCGACCUCGAUUUUGAUGAUGCCCCUCUUGACAAGGUUGACUCUGGUAUGGAUGGUUUCGACACCAUGAAUGACCCGCUCAUGGAUGGUCCUAUGGAUUUCGGCGAUGACCACGGCCUUGGCGGCGAGACCCCGCGCGCAGAGGAGACCCGCUUCGCGCGUGAUACCGAAAGCCCGCUUUCCGACGCCGGCUCGAUUCAGAUGAACCAGCUUGAGGCGGAGUUCAACCGUGAUGCUACUGCUGAGACUGAAGUUCGGGCCAUGCAGCACGGUCAGCGUGCCAAGCGACAAAAGCUCAUUGAAGUGGAUGUUGAGACUAACUACAGUAGCAAGGAGGCCAGGGAGCUGGCGGCUGAUCGCUCUGCUCUCAUGCAGCCCCUCACUUUCUUGCCCCGUGACCCCGUCCUCCGCACUCUCAUGAUCCGGCAACAGAACGGUAACUUCGUCUCCAGCAUCUUCGGUGAGGAGCGCAGCCAUGGCUGGGCCCCCGAGCUCCGUGGGCUCCUGACUCUGGAAUCUGUCAAGAAGGCUGGUGAGCUGAAGCGCAAGCGCGACAGUGGCAUUUCCGACAUGGACGUGGCUGCUAAUGUCCCUGAAUUGGAGAUUGGCGAGGAGGAAGCCCUUGUCACCGUCGAUGAGGGCAUUAGCCUCGACAUUGGCCUGAACCAGCCAUCCGAGAUUGACUUCCCCGGCGACGGCGGUAUUAACGACACGGCCAUGAGCGACGACGAAAUGAACGCCCCUCUUGACGACAUGGAUGACACCAUUCGCCCCGUGGACACCGAGCCCGUGUCCAUGGGCACCAAGCACGCCGUGCACAUUCUGCGCGAACGCCUCGGCGAUUCCGCCGCCGAGCAGAAGAAAGCCAUUGUCUUCCAGGACCUCCUCCCCGAGCAGCGUUCCAGCAAGGCGGACGCCACCAAGAUGUUCUUCGAGAUCCUGGUGCUGGCCACAAAGGACGCUGUCAAGGUCGAGCAGGGCUCCAAGUCUAUCGGCUCCCCUCUCAAGAUCCGCGGCAAACAGGCUUUGUGGGGCUCCUGGGCUGAGGAGAACGCCGCCGGUGCAAUGAGCCAGUUGUCCCAGGCUCUGUAA